AUGACAGUUCUGGGUGUUGUGGAAAACCUGGUGGAGGCCAGCGCUGAGACGGACACAGAUGAGACUUUGAAGAAAACGACAAAUCAGGAAGAUGUUUCUUCGGCUGCCGAUGCUGUGAGCAGUACUCCCCAACAAGAAGAAGAAGCAGAAGAAACCGGUGAGGCUGAAUCUCCUCCGUCAGAAGAGCCAAAAGAAAAAGAAGAAAUUGUGGACAAGGAGAACGAACCAAAAUCAACCGUUGCUUCUACCAUUUCUUCCAGCGACGACGACGAGUAUGAGUACGAGGGUCGCUACGGGCGCCUUCGGGAAGAUGCCGAUCAAGCCUUGGUUUCGACUCCGUACGGUCGUGGCUUGGUGAUUCGCACUCGGAAGAAUCCUUCCUCUGGCAAGGUCGUAUCGAGGGACAUUGAAAUGAUGGAUUGGAAAAUGGCACAACCCAAGCGAGGCCCUCCCCAAAAGGCCAUGCUCUACACGGCAGAACCCUUUCCAUCAGUCGCUCCCAAUGUGGGUGACGACGUCAAGUGUCAAUUUGGACGAGGCAAAAUUGUGGAAUUGACCGACGAUCGCGUCAAGGUGGAAUUGUCCUCGUGGCGACUGGCCGGACGUUCCAAGGUUCACUGCUACCUGAGUCGCUCUGGAGUGCAAGUGUUACGACCCAAACUAGUGUACGAAAUGAAUGUGGGAGAACGAGUGGCUCAUGCCCAGCAAUUGAAGGAACAAGCACGCGUGGCCUUUGGACAAAAGGACUAUGAACGUGCACUCACCAAGUACGCCUUGGCGGUCGAUGCGGUCCGAUACGUCCAACAUGACAAGCAGUCCACCAACUAUUUGCGAGCCGAUUUGUUGGUCAUCAUGAUCACGUGCUGCAACAAUGCCGCCACGUGUUGUGCACAACAAAAACAAUGGGAUCAAGUCGCCAGGUACGCCAACAAUGCUCUCUUGCUCAUUCAGUCGCUGCAAGAUCGACAAAGCAAAAACGAGGAUCCAUCCAAAAUUAUGCAAGUAUUGACUCGGGAUGGAAUGGACGACGUCAAGAUAUUUGGAGAAUGGAAAUGCAAAUCCCUUCUUCUCUUGGCCAAGACAGAACAGGCACGAGAAAACUAUACCAAGGCUUUGGGGCAUUGCAAGACGGCCCAUGACAUUGUGACUAAAGACUUCGAAGAAUCAAAAAGCAAAGUCCUAUCCAUGCAAAAAAAGGAAAUCAGUCGCAUCCAUGCCGCCGCCAAAGAGGGCAAACAAAAAUUGCACAAGAAAGAGAAACAACGAGCCCAAGCCAUGUUUGGUGGUAGUAGUAAGAGUGAAAAGGAGGACGGAGGCGCUGUCAAAACAAACAGUGGCAGUCCUGCCAAGGCAGCAACAACAGCAACGACAACAAGCCCCAAGGAAAAGGAUGUCUCCAAGACACCUAGGACGAAACAACCGACAACCAACAAUAACAACGGGCCCAAAUUUAGGAGAACGGUCACAUUUGAAGAUGGUGGAAAACCAUCGGAUGAAUACGAAAACAAGAAAAAGAGCAACAACGAUGAUGACGAGGAAGAAGAAGACGUAGAACUGCCAUGGUAUCAAGAACAUCAAGAAUUGCUCAUUCUGGUGGGAGGAUUGGCAUUCUUUGGAGUCUUGUUGCAAGCCAUGCUAACACGAAGCGGUAAACGAACUCGAUCAUCCUGA